UGAUGAUGAUGAUGAUGAUGAUGAUGAAGAUGCUGACUGCAACCAUCAUGCAAGUCCCCAUGCUGCUACUUUUAACCCUUUUAACCCCUUGCAAUGGCAUCCUCCCUGAUAUAGUGGACUCGGGAAUUAGCCACAUCCUGGACAACUCCAUCCCAGAGGACCACAUUUUGCUGCAAGUGGAGCAACCGGACCACGAUGAGCAGCUGAUGCUUGGGCAGCAAGAGACAACCACUGUUACAACAGCUGUCCAGUUCACGGAGCUGGACAAUCAUAUCAACACUGGUUGCGUCACCACUGAGGAUUGUGGGAAGGGGAGGUACUGUCUUUUGGAGAAAGACAACUCCAGGUGUCAAGCUUGCAAAGGCAUCGAUGUGUCUUGCGCUAAAGAUGAGGAGUGCUGCAAUGCUGAGUUGUGUGUUUGGGGUCAAUGCAGUCCAAAUGCAACCAAAGGACAAGAAGGCAGUACGUGCCAGCAUCAGGACGACUGCAGUCAGGACCUGUGCUGUGCCUUCCACACAGCCCUGCUCUUCCCAGUCUGCUCUGCUAAGCCCAUUGAGCGGGAGCGUUGUUUUCCUGCCUACAAACAACUGAUAGACGAUAAAGCACCCAGGAAACAUUGCCCCUGUGCAGGGGAUCUCCACUGCCAGCAUCUGGGGCGCGGGUCCAUGUGUCUUAAAGAGGUCGACUCAAGUGAAGAGGACCUGACAGACAGCCUUUACUCAGCCAUAGACUACAUCCUUUAAAUGUUCAAUUCAUAUUGCAUUAUUUUCCUUUCUUGUUUGCGAAGCUAUCUCAGAAAAACAUAGCAUGACAUGUACACCCCCACUCCCCCCCACAAGUUUUACAUGCUUACCUAAGGUUUGAAGUCUGUGACUGCCAACAGGAUGUUGAUGCUGUGUACAUGUUUUGCAUACCAGUAGAUGACUGGCCUGGAGGGUUCAGCGGACACUCGAAAUCAAGUUCAUUGAGGGCUUGUAACCCCACUACAACUAUGCACUCAGCUUUACGCACUGUAAAAGCAAUAAAAAUGUACAAGUAAAAGUUGUACAAUUUCAA